GUCCGCGAAGGGGACCCUCUUCUCUUAUUGGUCGAACGUUACGUCCGUCAUAGCCUCUCUUUCUGACUCAUGUGGGCGCUCCCUCAGCAGAAAGCAGGAAUGGCAGGAAAACGCUGUGGUGUAGCGGUGAAGGUCUCGGCUGUGACUGGGAGUGAGUAGCAGGGCUGUAGCAUGGCCGCAGCGUUCCUGGACGAUAAGGAUGCUCACUCUCUCCUCAAACGCCUCCCUCGCGCCAACGGCUUCCUGGAGGAGUUCAGGCAGGGGAACAUCGAGAGGGAGUGCGGCGAGGAGAGCUGCAGCUUCGAGGAGGCCAACGAAGUGUUCGAGAACAAGGAGAGGACGAUGGAGUUCUGGAAGACCCGCAGCGUCUACACGGUGAGCAGCAACGGUGAGGGCCGGUCAGAGCGCGCCGACACCGUCUACAUGGUGGUCCCCCUGCUGGGUGUGGCCCUCCUCAUCAUCAUCGCCCUCUUCCUCCUCUGGAGGUGCCAGCUUCAGAAAGCCACGCGGCGUCGCCCAGCCUACACGCAGAAUCGCUACCUGGCAAACAACCGCGGUGCCCGCAGCCUGCCACGGAUCCUGGUCCACAGGGAGACCCCCUCGCACUCCGACACCUCACACCAGGAGUCUAGCUUGCGCCCCACGGUGGUGGUGAGCGGUGCAGAGAGAGGAGCCUGCGCUCAGCCAAACUCCCACCACACCCACCAGCAGAACCCACGCGCCCUGUAUGUGCAGGAUUCCUCCUUGUCCGUCGCGUCCCGGCUGUCAGGCGCCACGCCGCCCCCUUCCUACGAGGAGGUGACAGGGCACCUGGAGAGCAGCGGAGAAGAGACCUCAGCGCCUUCCUACAGUGACCCUCCACCCAAAUACGAGGAGAUCGUAAAAGACAAGUGAGGCAGAGGCCAGGGAAGCCUCCUGGUCUGUCGCUCACUCCCCCAUCGAGUCUGAGGUACAGGAAGUACAGCGCUGAGGAAGAGACGGCGUCUGUGUCGGCUAACGCUGGCAGCCUGGGGACUGCUGCUGCUUAUUGUCACCAUUUUUUUUCUUCUUCUUGUACCUUUUCUGCACCGUUUCAAUUCCCUUCUAGACGUUGUGUUCUUGGUGGGCACGCUUAACAAAAGCGACCCCUCGCCGGUUUAGCGCUGUCCAGGAUUUGGGUUUGAGGGAGGGAUUGGAGGAAAUCCCAACCGAAAUAUCUUGUUGGACAUUUAAAGUUCAUGUUUCUUUUCCAACAACAAAAAAAAACAAAAACAAGCUACGGCCAAACCAGUCGCCGGAUUUUGCCAGUGUGCAGAAAACGAGCACAGGGAGCUGCGGUUGAGGGACACAGAGGAGGCGGGGGGGGGGGGCGGGAUGAUCACCUCCCUCUUCCUCCGGCCCGCUGGCUCUCUGUCCUCAUUACGAGACGCAGCGUUGACUCAGAAGGUGUGUCGUGUCUCACCGAGGUUUUGCAGUCGGUGAAUAAUCUGGGCCGACCCGUCUGAAAGGUUGGCACCGUGCCCCGGGUGUGGUGUGAUGCUGUGACUCUGAUGGUGUGCACACGUGACCAGCUCUCUUUAUCUGUUUGGUUGGGGGUGGAAGUUUUUGAGACCUUGAGCUGCAGCUUGUUUUUCAUUCGGCUGUUGUUGUUGCGUUGUCACUGUGGUUUGGCGACGUUGGGUUAGCUAGCUGGGUUUAUUGAUUUGAACACGUUCGUAUGAAACAGACAAGCCUCGAACUUGUGAAAUACGUACGUAUUCGGUGUUUUGUAGGUGAGACUGAAACUAAAAACAAAAAAAAAGCACUAACGGCCUCAAAAGAAGAGGCCGGUAAUCGGAAGCUAACAGUCUUACGGCGACGUUAGACCGGAAGCAGUGAAGCCGUCCGGCGCCACCACCGCCGCCGGUCACGUGGAACGUGCACGGCAUGAUGGGAUACCUGGCGGCACUACACGAGCGGGUGGUGCGACAAGAAACCAAUCAAACCACCGAGCUUCGAGCCUGCCGCGUGAGAAGUUUGCGUUGUGGCAACCAGUCGAACAGCAGGGGGAAAUCCGCAGUGAUAAUUCAUCCCCUGACAAUUCUGCUACUCAUUUUUAGUUCCUUAGGAAAACAAGGACAAGAAGCCAAUUAUAUCCGGGUCUAGUUUUUUUCUUUUGCUAGUGAAAAGAGGAACAGAGACAUUGACAAAAGAAAUGCCGUCUGG